AAACUCUUCGCCGCGAGGGCUCAUUGUCGCCUUGUACACGUCGAGAAUGCUGUGGAACGGCGAGCUUAUGAGUCCGACGUGGAAGAUCUGCCUGCUCGCCUUCUCCAUCUUCUUCAGCUUCUCCCGCCCAUCGCAGUGCUUCACUUUCCCGCCCGCCACGCACCUGAGGCGGCACGCAGGGCCACGCAUGCCUCUGCGUGCGUCUGCCGCCGUCAUCAGCGAGCAGCCGCCUGUUGCUGCUGCCAGGGGUGAUGGCGAUUUCGUCACCAGUGUGUUUGACAAGGAGACCAUCGCCCUGGCGGACAGGCAGGAGUCGAUUGUGCGGGGCGGGAGGGACCUGUUUCCCAAGCUGAAGGACGCUUUUGCAGGUCAGUCAAGUGAAAUCGGCCUGUGUGCGAUUGUACUGCUAUAAGGCGCGUGUGUGUGGCUGUGUGUGCGUGCAGGCAUCAAGCAGAUAGGCGUGAUAGGCUGGAGCUCGCAAGGCCCCGCCCAGGCGCAGAAUCUGAGGGAGUCGCUCGAGGGCACCGAUGUCAAAGUGGUCGUCGGGCUGAGGUAACAAAUCGAUAAGCGAAUGAAUGAAUGGAUGAGUGCGUCUUGACCGAUCCUGGUGCAUCUUGCUUGCGGUUGCACCACCCAUAUUCCCCUCUCUGUCUGUCUGUCUGUCUGUCUGUCUGUCUGUGUCGGCAGGGAGGGGUCUCCAUCUGAGAAGAAAGCCGAGGCGGCCGGCUUCACAAAGGAGAGCGGCACACUCGGCGAAAUGGUACGUACAGGAGAGAAAGCGCUGCUCACUCAUUUGCCCGGUAUUAAUGUGUGUGUGUGUGUGGCCAGUAUGAUGUCAUUUCCAGCAGUGAUUUGGUGCUGCUGUUGAUCGCCGAUGCGGCACAGGCGGAGAACUACCAGCAGAUAUUCAAAGCCAUGAAGCCGGGCGCCACUCUCGGUGAGCGAGCACAGAUGGUGCACAUGAUUACACACAAACGGAGGUUUGUGUGUCUGCUUGUGUCUGUCUGGUCUGUGUGUGCGUGUAGGGCUGAGUCACGGGUUUCUGUUGGGCUACCUCGACAGCAGAGGGGAGGCCUUCCCAGCAGACAUCAAUGUGAUCGCUGUGUGCCCCAAAGGUGCUCACACAUGUCCACCCACAUACAACACCGUGUCCGUUGUGCAUCCCUGUCUGUGUCUGUGUCUGUGUCUGUGUCUGUGUGUGUGUGUGUGUGUGUAGGUAUGGGUCCGUCUGUCCGGCGUCUGUAUGUGCAGGGCAAAGAGAAGAACGGCGCGGGCAUCAACUGCUCCUUCGCCGUACACCAAGUACACAGACACUUUCUACACCACACAAAGACUGUCUGUGUCCGUACACCCAUCAUCAUGUCUGUCAGGAUGUGACUGGCCGCGCCACUGAGAUCGCAUUGGGCUGGGCCGUGGCCAUCGGCGCGCCGUUCUCUUUCCUCACCACAUUGAGAGACGAAUACACAUCAGACAUUUUCGGAGAGAGGGGAAUCCUACUCGGUAGACGACACACACCAUGCACAUGUUGGUGCCUCUCUCUCUGUCCUCUCUCUGUGUGUGUGGGCGCACAGGUGCGGUUCACGGGCUGACCGAGGUGCUCUACAGCUACUUCAAGGCCCACGGCAGCACCCCCGAGGAGGCCUUCAGACGGGCGGCGGAGUGCCUGACGGGCCCCAUCACUAAGCAGAUCUCCAAGGAGGGGCUGCUGGCUGUCUAUGAGGGGCUGAGUGAGGACGACAGGCGGCUGUUCGAGAAGGCCUACUCGGCCACAUACCACCCUGCCAAAGAGGUCGGUGGGGCGCCUGUGUAUUCAUUGUGUGUGUCGUGAAUGAAUGCUCUUGUCGCUCCAUCAGACUUUGUUGGAGAUAUAUGAUGACGUCAAGUCGGGCAGGUGAGAAGGCUGGGAAGAAGGUGCCAGAAACAGCCACACACAUGUGCGGUACGGCUGUUGAGUGCAUUCAGGGAGAUCGGGUCUGUCGUCGAUGCCAACCAGCGGUUCAAGAGGUAUCCGAUGGGCAAGAUUGACGGCACGGAGAUGUGGGUCGUGGGCGAGAGAGUGCGGGCGGACAGACAGCCAGUCGACAUCGACCCUACCACUGGUACGUAGACACACGCAGCACACAAGUCUUGCGCCAGGGAGAGAGAGAGAGAGAGAGAGAGAUUGCAUGCCUGCAUCCUCCCCGUUUAUCAUAUCAUUUUCCGUGUGUCUGUGUGUCCAUCGAUCAGCCGGUAUGUAUAUGGCGAUAAUGGUGGCGCAGGUAGACGUGUUGCUGGAGAAGGGCCACGCCUACAGUGAGGUGGCCAACGAGAGCAUCAUCGAGGCCGUCGACUCGCUCAACCCAUAUAUCGACUACAAGGGCAUCGCUUACAUGGUCGACAACUGCUCCACCACUGCCAGACUAGGGUAAGCUUACAAGGGUAUCUGGCGGCUUACUGCUCUCUGUCAGCUCCUUGUCUGUCUGUUGGGCUGCUUUCGUUGGUUAGGAGUCGCAAGUGGGCGCCGCGGUUCCACUACAACCUCAUGCAACAGGCCAUCACGGCAAUGGAAAGCGGUAGGUCUACAGACACGUGCACACCUGUCCACCCAUCUCUCUCUCUCUCUCUCUGUGUGUGUGUGUGUGUGUGUAGGUGGUGCUCUGGAUGAGUCGCUGAUGUCAUCGUUCAAGAGCCACAAGAUUCACGACAUUAUGAGAGUGUGCGCUCAGCUGAGGCCGCCCGUCGACAUUGCCGUCGUCUAGCCAUCCGGACACCCGGCCGCGUGUGUGGGUGUGUGUGUGGGUGUGAGGUAUUUGUUGCACUGUUGGGUGUGGCUGAUCCAUUGGAUGUGCACGGGGAGGGCGUUUUAGAUGAGAUGGAUGUGUGGAGGUUUUACAUGUGUGCAUGGGUGUGAAUGUGUGUGCGUGUUGGCAGAUACAGACUCACAGACAUACUGACGACCUAUGUAGCAUUCAGACAAUAUGAAUAUAGGCCGACAGAGAAUACAUUGACUGAGUUAUCUGUCGGC